AUGGGGAGUCGCCCCAUCUCUGGGCUCCAGAGAACCACAUCGGCGGGAUACCGAUUGCCCCCAACCAAGCUUCGGGCCCCAGUCUCCCCAGCUGCUCGGAGUGGCGCUGCGACGCGCAGGGGUCCUGCUGGCGGCCGCCAGGAGUUCCAGGCCCCGAAGGCGGAGCGGGGGGCCCUGGGAGCGGAAGGCGUGCAGCAGGACCAGCUGUGGAGGGAGCUGCUGGAAGCCGAGCGGCGGAGCCAGCAGCGCUGGGCUCACAAUUGGAGUUUCCUGAAAGACUAUGAUCCGAUGGGCAAUAAGAAGGAGCACCCGACGUUGCCGGAGCACGUGCCUCUCUUCUCAGACACAGUCCCUAACUCCACAAACCAGGUUGUUGGCAGCAGGAUGGACACCCCUCUGGGGAAAACGCUCACACACAUGGACUUCUUCUUCGUGGAAGGAGUUCGGAAGAAGAAGCUUGAAGAAGAGCUGCAGCCCAUCUAGGACCAAAGAGGGGCUGGGCCACGUCUUCCUGAGGUGGGUGUGGGAGUAGAGUGGGAGGCUCUGAGUUGACUUAGCUCAUGGUCUGGCCCAGCGAAAACAGUCCACAAAUAUUAGUUGGAACUUUUAUUAUCUCUAAGCCCCACAACAGCCUUCCAGGAGGCUUCAUUGGCUCAUUUUUACACAUGAGGAGACCGAGACUAAGAGGACUCAAGCAACUUGCCCAGGGCCAUAUAAUCUGUAAUAGUGGAGAUUUAACCCUACCCCUUAGGGCAGCCUGUGAGAGGGAGCCCGGCAUUGUGGUUAGGGGCACUAGCUGCCUGGGUUCAAACCCUGCUCCAGACUCUUACCUGCUGUGUAACCUUGGGCAGAUUGUUUGAACCCUUGGUGCCUCUGUUUUCCUAUCUAUGAUAUGAUGUAUUCAUUUCCUAUUACUUCUGUAAAAAUUUACCACAAACUUAGUAACUUAAAUUCAUUAUCUUAUAGUUAUGGAGGUUAGAAAUCCAAAAUGAGUUUU